UUCCCAUUAAGUCGAGGAUUGGGACAUCCAAGUUGACGGUAUCCGACGGUGAAGAGCAGCGCGAUAGCCGUUGGACGGUGUCAAUCAACGGCUACUCGUGGCAGCCGCUGGCCAGUCACUGUUAAGCCGUGUCGGGACCUGCUCGCUCGUCGAUAAGGCACUGUUACUGUUCCUGAAUUUCCAGACUUUUUUUUUAACCUGAUCCUUCUGAAUUCAAUGAGGUACUGGCAUUUUGUACCUUCACCUGGAUGUUUGGAGUCUUGCUUAGGUAGGGGUCCUAGCUUCCUCUUUCUCCUGAGUCCGCUGCAUUACAAACAAAUCUUUCGAUGACUAAAGGCCUGAUACUCUGGUCCUGCUGCUCCCGCUCCUGUGAGAAUAAAAAUGCUGUUCGAGUUGAGUUCUUUUUCCUGUGUCCAUCUGUUUUCUUUUUAGUUUUCCCCUGCCUUGUUCAAGCUGUUACUAGUUGAAUUACAUUGCUAUGGCUAAAAGGUUUGGUUAACCAGGCUAUCUACAUUGUUGAAGAACGAAAACCAACGAAGAAGGAAAAGAAGCAGAGAGCAAGAGGAAAGACAAUGGUGAACAGGAGGAUUCUCCUCCAGAACUCUUCGACAGACAUUGAAUCCGCGACGGGGAUAGCUCCUAGUAAUGGCACAAGUGAUGCGGGCGAUAGCAGCAGCAACAGGACCAGCAUUGCGAUAAUCAUCUCCAUUAUCACUUCGUCCCUGGCCCUCUUUGUUCUUCUCCUAGCGUUCGCUUACUUCUUCUACAUGAGGCACAAAUUGAAGACGAGAAGAACUUUCAGUGCAAAGGGGAGCAAAAACAGUAUGGACACUUACAUUCGCAGCGAACGAGACGAGGUGUCGAAAGCACAAGUUUUCACCUACAAGCAGCUCCAGUCUGCAACCAACAACUUCAGCCCGUUAAACAAAAUUGGCCAUGGCGGUUUUGGACUGGUCUAUCGUGGGGUUUUACCGGACGGCAGACUUGCUGCAGUAAAGCUCAUGGACAGGCAAGGCAAACAAGGCGAACGAGAAUUCAGGGUCGAGGUGGAUAUGCUUACUCGUCUCCAUUCUCCAUACUUGCUGGAUUUAAUAGGAUAUUGUGCAGACAAGGACUACAGGCUGCUCGUUUAUAGCUACAUGGCAAAUGGAAGCCUUCAGGAACAUCUGCAUUCCAAAGGAAAAAGCACUUUAGACUGGGGAACACGAAUCCUAGUAGCAUUUGAUGCUGCCAAGGGACUGGAAUACCUACACGAGUAUGUCAUUCCUCCAAUCAUUCACCGUGACUUCAAGAGCAGCAAUAUUCUUCUGGACGAACACAACGAUGUCGUGCUGGCUGAUUUUGGCCUCGCAAAGACCGGGGCUGAUAAAAUUGCGGGCCAACCUUCUACACGAGUUCUUGGAACUCAGGGCUAUCUCGCACCCGAGUACGCCAUGACAGGCCACUUGACAACAAAGUCCGACGUAUACAGUUAUGGGGUUGUUCUCUUGGAGCUCAUAACUGGGAGGCUUCCAGUCGAUGCGAAGCGCCCUCCGGGACAAAACGUGCUCGUUAAUUGGGCUCUUCCACGGCUCACUGAUAGAGAAAAGCUGGCGCAAAUGGUGGAUCCAUAUCUUAGGAGUCAAUACAACAUGAAAGAGCUCGUCCAAGUUGCUGCAAUCGCUGCAAUGUGUGUUCAACCGGAGCCGGACUAUAGGCCUCUUAUCACAGACGUUGUCCAAUCACUGAUCCCUCUUGUGAGACAAAGACGUAUGGGAACUCCCAAGAGAUCGGUGAGCUCCCCUCGCUGCGUUUCUAGUUUGCUAAAAUCUCCGACAACACAAUCACCAGCUUUGAAAGCCAACAUCAAAACUCUGCAAUAGCUGAAGUAAGAAAGCAGUUUCAUUCUAUUUCUUGUGUAUCCAGGGCCGCCAUUGCAUCAAGAAACUCAUCAUAGCGUUGUGUAAGAAAACUUGUGUUGCUUCUAACAGUGAUAUAAAUCAAAUAGACAGCCGGAUAUGCUCGCUAA